CGCUGGGGGCGAACGAGGCGGCGGGCCGGGCGGGACCGCAGCGGGAGCCGAGCCGGGACUGUCGCGCUGGCCGCGCCGGCGAUGCCGCGCCCCCGGGCCGGGCUGUAGCGGGGCCGGGGCGGAGUGCGCGGCGGGCAGGCCGGACAUGGAGGUGGUGGACGAGACGGAGGCGCUGCAGCGCUUCUUCGAAGGCCACGACAUCAACGGCGCCCUGGAGCCUUCCAACAUAGACACGAGCAUCCUGGAGGAGUACAUCAGCAAGGAGGACGCCUCUGACCUCUGCUUCCCUGACAUCUCUGCUCCAGCCAGUGCGGCCUCCUACCCCCAUGGGCAGCCAGCGAUCCCCGGCUCCAGCGGGGUCCACCACCUGAGCCCCCCGGGGGGCGGACCCUCCCCGGGGCGCCACGGGGCCCUCCCACCCCCGAGCUACAGCGCCCCGCUCAACUGCAACAACAACAACGGCAUGGGUGUUGCUCCCAAGCCCUUCCUGGGGGGUUCUGGGCCCCCCAUCAAGGCAGAGCCCAAGGCUCCCUAUGCCCCCGGCACCCUGCCAGACUCUCCCCCAGACUCGGGCUCCGAGGCCUACUCCCCCCAGCAGGUGAAUGACCCCCAUCUCCUGCGCACCAUUACCCCCGAGACCCUGUGCCAUGUGGGGGUGCCCUCCCGCCUGGAGCACCCGCCCCCACCUCCAGCCCACCUGCCAGGCCCCCCACCGCCCCCGCCGCCCCCACCGCACUACCCCGUCCUGCAGCGGGACCUGUACAUGAAGGCUGAGCCUCCGAUGCCCCCCUAUGCCGCCAUGGGGCAGGGGCUGGUGCCCACCGACCUCCACCAUGGCCAGCAGUCCCAGAUGCUCCACCAGCUGCUCCAGCAACACGGAGCUGAGCUCCCCCCACAUCCCUCCAAGAAGAGGAAGCACUCGGAAUCACCUCCCAACACCCUCAACGCCCAGAUGCUGAACGGAAUGAUCAAACAGGAGCCUGGGACUGUGACGGCCCUGCCCCCGCACCCAGCGCGAGCCCCUUCCCCACCCUGGCCUCCCCAGGGCCCGCUCUCACCCGGGCCUGGCUCCCUGCCCCUCAGCAUCGCCCGGGUCCAGACGCCCCCUUGGCAUCCACCAGGUGCCCCCUCACCAGGUCUCCUGCAGGACAGUGACAGCCUCAGCGGCUCCUACCUAGACCCCAACUACCAGUCCAUCAAGUGGCAACCGCAUCAGCAGAACAAAUGGGCGACACUGUACGACGCUAACUACAAGGAGCUGCCCAUGCUCACCUACCGCGUGGACGCUGACAAGGGCUUCAACUUUUCGGUGGGCGACGACGCCUUCGUGUGCCAGAAGAAGAACCACUUCCAGGUGACGGCGUACAUCGGCAUGCUGGGCGAGCCCAAGUACGUCAAGACGCCCGAAGGCCUCAAGCCCCUGGACUGCUUCUACCUGAAGCUGCACGGAGUGAAGCUGGAGGCCCUGAACCAGUCCAUCAACAUCGAGCAGUCGCAGUCGGACCGAAGCAAGCGGCCCUUCAACCCCGUCUCGGUCAAUCUGCCCCCCGAACAGGUCACGAAAGUGACUGUGGGGAGGCUGCACUUCAGCGAGACCACUGCCAACAACAUGCGCAAGAAGGGCAAGCCCAACCCCGACCAGAGGUACUUCAUGCUGGUGGUGGCCCUCCAGGCCCACGCACAAAAUCAGAACUACACACUGGCCGCCCAGAUCUCAGAGCGCAUCAUCGUCCGGGCCUCCAAUCCAGGCCAGUUUGAGAGUGAUAGCGAGGUGCUGUGGCAGCGGGCGCAGGUGCCGGACACGGUCUUCCACCAUGGCCGUGUAGGCAUCAACACGGACCGGCCCGAUGAGGCGCUGGUGGUGCACGGCAACGUCAAGGUCAUGGGCUCGCUCAUGCACCCCUCGGACCUGCGGGCCAAGGAGCAUGUGCAGGAGGUGGACACCACCGAGCAGCUGAAGAGGAUUUCGCGCAUGCGGCUGGUGCACUACAGGUACAAGCCGGAGUUUGCCGCCACUGCCGGCAUCGAAGCCGCUGCGCCAGAAACGGGUGUCAUCGCUCAGGAGGUGAAGGAGAUCCUGCCCGAGGCCGUGAAGGACACAGGAGAUGUGGUCUUUGCCAAUGGGAAAACCAUAGAGAACUUCCUGGUGGUGAACAAGGAGCGCAUCUUCAUGGAGAACGUGGGUGCCGUGAAGGAGCUGUGCAAGCUGACGGACAACCUGGAGACGCGCAUCGACGAGCUGGAGCGCUGGAGCCACAAGCUGGCCAAGCUGCGGCGUCUUGACAGCCUCAAGUCCACCGGCAGCUCGGGCGCCGUCAGCCAUGCAGGGAGCCAGUUCAGCCGGGCAGGCAGCAUCCCCCACAAGAAGAGACCCCCCAAGGUGGCCAGCAAGUCAUCAUCUGUGGUCCCAGACCAGGCCUGCAUUAGCCAGCGCUUCCUGCAGGGAACCAUCGUGGCCCUGGUGGUGGUCAUGGCCUUCAGUGUGGUGUCCAUGUCCACAUUGUACGUGCUGAGCCUGCGCGCCGAAGAGGAUCUGCUGGAAAGUGAUGGCUCUUUUGCCGUGUCUACUUCCUGUCUUCUGGCCCUGCUCCGGCCCCAGCACCCUGGGGGGAGCAAGGCCAUGUGCCCAUGCAGGUCCAGCCAGAGCUUUGGGACCACUCAGCUCCGACAGUCCCCCGUGACCACUGGGGUGCUGGGCCCACAGCCCUCUCUGCUGCUGGGUACCACUGGCCCGACCAGCUCAGCCCCAGCUCCGGCGCUCCGCACCUUGGACCUGUGCUCUACCCACCCCUGCCCGGUCAUUUGCUGCUCCUCGCCCAGCCCCACCCCCUCCACCGACCCUAGUCUGGGCCCCAGCCUUAAUCCCAGUCGUGGUCUCAGCCCUAGUCCCAGCCCCCCCACCAACCGCUCAGGCCCCAGCCAGAUGGCCCUGCUGCCAGUCACCAACAUCAGAGCCAAGUCCUGGGGCCUGUCAGCCAAUGGCAUCGGCUACUUCAAGCAUCCAAAGAGCUCGAACCCCGUGGCCAGCCCUGUGGUCCCCUUCCCUGGGGGCCAGGGCAAAGCCAAGAAUGGCCCCAGCCUUGGUCUCCAUGGCCGGGGCCGCCGAGCGGUUCCCGAGCCUGGCCUGAGCCCUGCUCAGCCCACUCAGGCCUGGGGCCAGCCAGCCUCUCUCCUUGCAGACCCAGUGCCAUCCCUGACCUCCAUCCAGGUGCUGGAGAAUUCGAUGCCCAUUACUUCCCAGUACUGCGCUUCAGAGGAUGCCUGCAGGCCUGGAAACGUCACCUACCACAUCCCUGUCAGCAGCAGCACCCCCCUGCACCUCCGCCUGACCCUGCAGAUGAACUCCUCGUCCCCCGUGUCCGUGGUGCUGUGCAGCCUGAUGUCAAAGGAGGAGCCGUGUGAAGAGGGGGGCUUUCUACAGAGCCUUCACACCCACCAGGACACCCAGGGCACCUCCCACCAGUGGCCAGUAACCAUCCUGUCCUUCCGCAGAUUCACCUACCACUUCCGGGUGGCAUUGCUGGGUCAGGCCAACUGCAGCGCGGAGGCCCCGGUCCAGCCGGCCACGGACUACUACUUCCACUUCUACCGCCUGUGUGACUGAGCUGCCCUCUGGAGGCAGUGCCACACCAGGGCCCGGGGUUUCCCGGGCGCCCCUGCCACACU